AUGACCCUAAAUUGACCCGAAGUAUCCGGCGUUUGAUUGGCUGUCACUUUUGGUCACGUGAGGGGGGCGUUCAAGACGACUCAAGUUGCACAGAAAAAGCGCGCUACUUGCAUUUGACCAUCACCCUUAAAUGCAAAGUUUGUUUGGUUUUAAAUAUGGAUACCCAGAACCAAGAAUGCAACAUCCAAGCUUCACCCAUCUCUCAGUUGUCCAAUGGCUACAUUCUGCCAGAGGGCAAAGUCAAUCCCAAUGCCAUAUUUGUCUUUUUUGGGAUUGACACCAAGGCAAAUGCAAACGAUAUGCGGGACUUGUUUGCAGCGUUCGGUCAAAUCAAGGAGGUGAAAAUAAUCACAUACCGCGGCGGAUUCAGCAAAGGCUAUGGGUUUGUGUACUUCGCCGAAGAUGUUGACAUUCAGUCAAUCGUUGAUCAACAGAUCAUUUGGAAGGGGAAAGUACUCAAGCUUGGCCCCGCCAUUAUGAAGCAAAGGAACUUCCGUGUCAGGCAGUCCCCUCGGAUUGGCCCUGAACACUGGGUGAACCCCUCCCAGUAUUUCUAUUUCGCUUGCUACCCGUCCAAUGGAGCAAGCGUGACCCCGCCCUCACCCGUGGUCAAUGGCGGCGCUACCUACUAUCAGCCAUACACCUACCCCGCCUAUGGAGGUUUUAUGGGUCCACAGGUGCCAGUCAGCAACACCCACAAUGCAUAUUGCUACCAGUACCCUGUACCCUAUUGGAUGGGGGACCAGAGAGCACGGCAUGACAAUCAGAAUGUUAUUGAGUGCGCAUCGCAGACCGUGCUGAGCGCGCUGUAGUUCACACAGCUUCUGACUCCCCUUUCCCAUAAGGCGACAGGACAUCCGAGUACAGAAAAGAUGACGUCUCGACUUCACACCCGGCUGCCAAAAUCCCUUUCUUCUCUUCAGUCGCUUUUUUCUCUACGCCCCUUCACUUGGCUUCUGAGACUAAUUUUAUUUUUUUUUAAUUUUUUUUAUACAUAUAAUCUGUCAUUUUGACCCACAAAUGGUAGCGACCAUAACCUCAGGCUUGAAUAAGGCACUUUUAACUCCUAGAGGUCACGUUGAAUAGUGGCGGGGUUGCAAGGAAGAGCACCGUACAAGCAUAAAAAGCAAAAACUCUUUGUUUAGGUAAUUACCCCAACAACAAAAGGCUUUUAUGAACAUUUUUGUGCCUAUUUUUAUUGUAUUUUAUGUUCCAUUAUUUCUUUUGUUGUAUUUUAAAUGUUUGUUUGGAUUGUUUUAUUUUUUUAAUCCGCAGUGGCUGGCUGUACAACACAAAAUACAUAAAUACCAAGACUUGACAGCUAGGAGCAGCCAGGAUGUUUCCCCCCCGUCCCACCAAAAAAAAAAAGGUUUGGUUGUUUCAUUUAUUUCUUCAACUCAGGUGAAUUGAAUCACUGGUAAAGCAACUUUCUAGCACCUCAUCUUUUCACACCUAUCAUAUAUGGCAGUCACUGAUCAACUUGCAUUCAGAGUUUAAAACACUUGGGGUUUGACAAUGGAGGACACACUUUCAAGUGACUUUUUUAUUUCCUUGGGGAGAAAAGGUUAAAGAUUUGCAUGCCACAUUGGGUGGGUUUGUGGUGGUUGGUGGUUUGUUUGUGAUGCGGGUUACUCCAGAUGUACGUGCACUUUUAUUUUAUUUUUUACACUUAAUAUAAAAAUAUUUCAUUGCACAUUGGGUGCAUCUGGAUUGUUACAUUGCUUGGAAUUCGUUGUGGGCUUGGCGGUGUUAACUGUUUUAUUCAGAGAACCUGGACACUGUACUGUUUUUUUUAUUUGUGUGUGCGUGCGUGCGUGUGUGUGUGUGUUCUUUGUGUUUGGCUAACAACACGAUAAUAAAAGUUGAAGUG